AUGACCACAAGUGCACAAGAUGAGCAUCAAACUGAAUCUAACGAAGCGCAACAGAAACAUGGCGUCCUUGGCCGUUGGAAAAGCGUUUUCACGUUCACAGCAAAGGCACACCUGCCCAUUCUAUUGGGAGCCAUUAUCUUCUCAGCCGCAGCAGGAUGCUUGCAACCAACAAUGGCGUUCUUCUUCGGGAAAUUUUUCGACACCUUCUCGGAUUUUGCUGCAGGAAAAACUGACGGUUCAACGUUUAUGGAGCGUUCUCUAAGCAGUCUCUAUGUGCUCUUCGGCAUUGGAGGCGCUACGUUUGUUUUGAAGGGCACCCUUUUUAGCCUUUGGUUGGUGUUCGGCGAGAUGCAAGCAAGGAGCAUCCGCGAGUUGCUUUUCCAGUCUCUGCUCGAUCGUGGGAUGGAAUGGUACGAGGCUCGAACAACAGGAGUAGGAACACUCUUAAGCAGAGUCCGAAGACAGAUCAGAGAACUGCAGCUAGGAGCGUCGCAACCUCUCGGCUUUAUAAUUGUGUGUCUCGUUCAAGCAGUGGCUGGGCUUGGUCUCGCAAUACACACAAACUGGAAGUUAACUUUGGUCGUGCUCUCAGCUAUACCUGUCAUCGCUAUUGGGAGCACCCUCAUUGCUCGACGUGUACAAGCGAACAUAGACCACCAGAACGCAAAAUUGACAACUGCCACCAAGACGGCCAAUAACUGUGUCACUAACAUUGUGACCGUGAAGUGUUUCAACACUCAGGACCAAGAAGGAAACAACUAUUCUGCAGCGGUCAAGGAAGCUGGUGUAUUCUCUUUGAAGCAGGCUCUCUCCAGUUCCUUGCAGACUGGGUUCGUGCGGUUCUGGUAUGGUGGUACGCAAGUCCAUUCUGGUACAACGAGCGCCGGGAAAGUGGUCACGACAUUUUGGGCCUGUCUGAUAGCUACGAAAGCGUUUGAGGACAUGUUGCCACACUGCAUUGUUCUUCAGCGGAGCCAGUCGUCGGCUGUAGCAUUGAAGGCGGUUAUGGACAAAGUGAUGAAUGGGAAGACACACUCGCGAAAGGUAGAUGGAUUGUCACCGCAAUAUUGUGAAGGCGACAUCGAAAUCCAAGGGGUUUCCUUUGCUUACCCUUCAAGACCUGACUCUCUUGUGCUGGAUCGUUGCACAUUUUAUUUUCCGGCGGGAGAGACUACAUUCAUCGUGGGCAGGAGCGGUUGUGGGAAGAGCACACUCAGCCAUAUAUUGAUGAGAUUCUAUGAUCCCAGGAGUGGAGCUAUCUUCAUCGACGAUAAUGCUCUACAAGAUAUUGACACAAACUGGCUCAGAAACAAUAUCACUCUAGUCCAACAGAAGUGCGUGCUAUUCAGCGACACGAUCUUCAGAAAUAUUGCACUUGGUCGCCGUGACUUCGAUCGAGUUACGGAGGCUCAGGUGAACGAAUGCAUGAGGAUGGCAGCUUUGGAACGGACCAUUGAGCUGCUCCCCGAAGGUGUACAUACUAGAGUUGGGACAGGCGGUUCAUCUCUCUCUGGAGGCCAAAAGCAGCGUAUUGCUAUUGCACGAGCUCGUCUGAGAAACACACCGAUAUUGAUACUGGACGAGGCAACAAGUGCACUCGACAACUCAAGCAAAUCAACCGUCAUGAGAUCUAUACGAGAGUGGCGACGUGGAAAGACGACCGUUGUAAUUACACAUGAUAUGACCCAGAUACAAGACGACGAUUUUGUCUACGUCCUCGACAGAGGUCGGGUCAUUCAGGAGGGCCGGCUUGGGAGCCUUGUUGAUUUCCAAAAUCCCGCCAUGGACCAGCAAGCCUACGCAAAAAGACCGACAAUCAAACACCUGAAUUGUUCUGACGACCCCGCCCACUCCUUAUCACGAUGUGGCAUUGGGGACCCGGCACAACCAGCAAUCCCUUUUUCAUUGUUCAGGAAGGACUCGUUCGACUUCGGGGCAGUAGAAAGUGCGCGGGGUCGUCCUCUAGAAAAUGUCCAGGACUCUCGGCAAGGGGCACAAAUGAAACACCGACUGAGGAAAGAUCUAUCUGCAAGCAGGGGAGCUGCACUGAAGCUUCUCAAGCGACAAUCAAUGGCUCGUGCCAAAGCUAUGUACCCUCUCUAUCAAAUUCAGCCGUCUGUGCAUCAGUCAACGAACUUAACAUCCGCAACAUAUACAAAUGGCGAUUCCAUUGUUCGUCAAUCAAUUUUCGUGUCAGCUAUUUCGCGAACCCCGAAGACUCGAGACAAACCGUUACCCGUACCGCCUCUGAGGUACAAUGUGCUCGGUGAAAAUAAAGACCCAGAUCGCGAUGCCACCGACGUCAUCUCGACUGAGAGAGUCAGUAGGCAGCUGCAACCAGCAGGUUCAAUCCUAGCAGUAUUUACUACACUAUGGCCGAGCUUGGAUAGUUCUAACCGCACCAAGUUGCUCCUUGGAUUCCUGGCAACAUUAGCCCAUGCAGGAGCUCCUCCAACAUUCUCCUAUGCUCUGGUGCAAGUCUUUGACACAUAUUACUUGCCGACAGGGUCCGAGAAGAAGGCCUUGAUCUACUCCAUGGUUGUUGUUGGAAUCGCGGUCGCGGACGGUCUCGCAUGUUUCUUCAUGCAGUAUCUUCUAGGCUCUGCGAGUCAGGCGUGGGUGGAUACGCUCAGAAUCCAGGCAUUACGACGCAUUCUCCGACAACCAAAGGCCUGGUUUGAUAAAGAAUGCAACAACCCUGGAACUCUUAUCUCUUCACUUGACAGGAACGCAGAAGAAGUGAAGGACCUUGUGGAACGAUUCGCGGCGCAGCUCCUGGUUGUUGCAGUAAUGAUGGCUGUGGCUAUCAUAUGGUCGCUGUUCUCCUGCUGGAAGAUCACACUGGUCAGUCUUGCUGCCUCGCCAGUGCUUUAUGUGAUGACAAAGUGUUUCGGAAAAGUCUCCAGCCUCUGGGAAUCACGAUCGAGCUCUGCCAGUGAUGGUGUCAACGAGAUAUUUGUCGAAACUUUCGCCGACAUCAAGACCGUUCGCUCGCUCACUCUGGAAUCUUACUUCCACAAGAAGUAUUGCGAUGCAACCAGUCAAACUUUUUCCAUCGGCGUACGACGAGCUUUGUUCUGCGGCUUCUUCUUCGGCGUCUCUGACUCCGCCAUCACCUUUUUCACGCCCAUGAUUUUUUGGUACGGGGCUCACCUUGCAAAAGAUAGCGAAUGGCCUGUUAAUUCAAUAUUUACUGUCUUUGGACUUCUUUUAUUUUGUACCGCUAAUGCCAGCGUGGUCAUUACAUAUAUACCCCAGACCAGAUCAGCGACUGAUAUCGCCACUCGCCUUAUUCGGCUGGCGCAAAUGCAACUUGACUCUCACGAAGAUGUCGGUCUCACCCGACUAGACAGAGACGAUCCAGCCACGCUUUCUGGGCCAAUCCAUUUCAUCAAUCUGACAUUCUUCUACCCGACCCGGCCAGAGGUAGCAGCACUCCGACGAUUAAAUCUCACCAUCCCCUCAGGGCAAACCACAGCCAUAGUGGGAGCCUCGGGAUCGGGCAAAUCUACCAUUACGUCCCUUCUCCUAGGCCUCUAUCCGCCAACAGCAGAUCCUUUCGCCCUUUCUCCCUCGACCCACUGGGAAGGGGGUCCAGCGUCUCUCACCCUAUCUGGCCGCGACAUUCGAACACUUGACCUCCCUUCUCUGCGCUCUCUGAUCGCCAUCGUCCCACAGACCCCCGUGCUCCUCCCCGCAACGGUGCGCGAGAACAUCGCCUACGGUCUUCCCCCUGAUUCUCCCUGGAGGUCAGCAAGCCGCAUCGAACGUGCCGCCCGCGCAACUGGGAUCCACGACUUCAUACAGUCUCUCCCGCAGGGUUACGCCACGGUCAUAGGCGAAGGCGGUGGCGGCCUCGGCAUCUCAGGCGGCCAGGCACAGCGCAUCGUCAUUGCCCGCGCCCUCAUCCGCGACCCCAAGAUCCUCAUCCUCGAUGAGGCGACUAGCGCACUGGACCGGGAAAGCGCCCAGGUCAUCCGAGAGAGCAUCGCCAGGCUGAGCAGGGAGAAAGGGCGAAAAUUGACCGUGAUCGUGGUUACACAUGCGAGGGAGAUGAUGGAGGUUGCGGACCAUGUGGUGGUUAUGGAGGAAGGCGGCGUGAUUGAGCAGGGCUCUUUUACCGAGUUGGUCGAAAAGAGACGGAAAUUCUGGGCAUUAUUGAACGCCGGGGAUGAUGGUGCGAGUCACACCCGUGAAGCCGGUGAGGACAGAACAUGA